UCAAGGUACCACCGCACAUCAUCCCGUGAAGGUUUUGGCAUUUCUUGUGCGACCUGCCGCCAUGAUGAUGUCUGGAAGCAGCGAUGUGCCAAUGCCAACUGGGCUGAAGGGCAAGCUUGCAUCGUUGGAGGAUUUCAUCUCUAUGCAAAAUGAGGAGUUGGCAGCGCAGCGGCAAGAGAUUGAAAGCCUUCGCAGCGACAAGGCUGGGAUUGAGGAGCACUACCAAGGGCAACUUCAGGAACUGAAGAAGACCAUGGUGGGUGAUGUCCAGCGUUUGCAAGACGAGGUGAAGAGGCACUUCACUCAACAAAAGGCAGAAAAUUCCCGCUUGCAACAGCAGAUCACCACCUUGAAAGGGGAGAAGACUUCGUUGCAGCAGCAGAUUUUGGGUCUUCAGAGAAGACUCCAAGAAGUCGAGGAGCAGGUAGGCACUGAUUGAAGCAUCUGUCGCUGACAAAGGGCGCGAAGCUGCACCUUUGAACCGUCUCAUGGAGUGACACCGUGCUGGUGUUUGGACCUGGAGAAGGUGUUUGCCGCCACUUGGGUACUUGUCAAGCAAGCACACACCGUGGCGAUGUAUGGAAAA